CCUCUGUGCUCUGGUUAGAUGGCUCACCCACAUGGCUUUUGGUAGUUCCUUGCUGGCUCUUGUCAGACAGCUGCAGUUCCUUCUUACAUGGGGCUCUCCACAGGGCUGCCUGAGUGUCCUAACAACUGGCUUAAUAGCCUCCCCCCAGAGCAAGUGAUAGAAGAAAGAGAGAGAACAUAGUCAGAAAACCACAGUACCUCUUAUGACCUAGGUUCAGAGGUCACAUCCCUUCACUUCCACCACAAUCUGUUCAUUAGAGGUGAGUCACUAAGUCCAGCCCACACUCAAAGCAGGGGACCAGGAAAAGUAUCCAAAAAAUCUGUGGACAUAGUUCAGAACUACCACGGGUGGCAGUCACUUCACUUGAGUGGGGGUGAGGUUGAUGAGUUUCAAACUACUUAUAAAUCCUUUUUUCAGCUGCAUGCUUUGUCACCACCUUUUGAGGCAUUUGGUUCCUCCAGUCCAUGAACUGUUGCAGUGAUUGGUUUAUACCUUACUUUUCACUGACAUUCUUUUCUGCAGACACCUUUAUGUGCACUUCCAGGUUCUGCUGUCGGUUGAAAGUCUGCCGUCUGCUUGCCGUCUUUGAAAACUUUGUUGACAUAUCUCAUCAACUAUAGCAAUUCUCCUUUUUCUUAAGAAAUCUUGGAAGUUAAUAAGCAGUUUUAGAGGCAACUGAAAGACUUACAAGUCAAAUUAUAUAUAUCUCCAAGAAAAUACAGAGGAAAAAGGCAGUGAAUGUGAGUAAAUUGGAAAGACAUACCCUCUGAGUUCACAUAUUGUUUCUUCAAGACAAGGCCUAUGUCAAUGUGACUGACUUGGAAAGAAUUGAAAACUUAAUUUUGACUUAACAUAUUAUGAAGGAAUCUAUGUAAGAAAGAAAUGCUAUGAAUAUAAUAAAUAUGUUAUAACUCAUCCUAUCAUGUAGUAACUCCCAUUAAGCGAAAUCUGUAUGAACAGGGAUUCAGAAGUAAAUCUCAUCAAAUACCUGAGAAUACACAGUGGAGAGAAACCCUGGGAACUCUGUCCAUGUGGGAUCCUUAUAUUCAUGUGCUUCUUAUUAGUUACUAGAGAAAUAAUGUAGCAGAGGAAACCUGUACAUGCAAGGAAUAUUGGAAAACCUUCAGCCAGUUAUUCAAACUAAUUGAAUAUGAGAAAAUUCAAACUGUGGAGAAACUCUAUGAAUGUAACAAAUUUGGAGAACUGUUGUGCCAGAAGCAACUUCUGGCACAGAACUUUAGAAAAUUUAAACCUGUGAAUGUGAGAAAGCUUCCAUUCAGAUGUCAAAUCUCAUAAGUCAUCAGAGAAUUCAUAUUGGAAAGAAAUCUUAUUCCUAUAAGAAAUGUGGGAAAGCCUUCAGCCACAAAUCAAAUAUCACUGACCAUGAGGAAAUUCAUACAGGAGAGAAACCCUUUGAAUGUAAUGAAUGUGGGAAAAACUUCAGGCAGAACCAAUACCUCACUAAGCAUCACAUUGCCUCUGGAGAGAAAUCCUACAAAUGUAAGGAAUGUGGAAAAUCCUUCAAUCAGAAAGAAAAUCUCAUUACCCAUCAGAAAAUUCAUACUAGAGAGAAACUGUUUGGAUGUAAUGACUGUGAGACAGCUUUUAUUCAGAAGUCAAGCCUCAUUAAACACCAGAAAAUGCAUACUGGAGAAAAAUUCUAUACAUGUAAAGAAUGUGGGAAAACCUUCAGCAGCAAAUCAAAUUUCACAAAGCAUGAACAAAUUCAUAUUGGAGAGAAACCCUUUAAAUGUAAUGACUGUGGAACAGCCUUUAGCCAGAAGCAAUACCUCAUUAAACAUCACAACAUUCAUACAGGAGAGAAACCCUUUGAAUGUAAUAAAUGUGGAAAAGCCUUCUCUCAAAUCACAUCACUUAUUGUACACGUGAGAAUUCAUACAGGUGAUAAGCCUUAUGAAUGUAAGGUAUGUGGGAAAGCCUUCUGUCAAAGCUCAUCUCUUACUGUGCAUAUGAGAAGCCACACAGGGGAGAAGCCCUAUGGAUGUACUCAGUGCGGGAAAGCUUUCUCUCAGUUCUCAACUCUUGCUUUACACGUGAGAACACACACAGGUGAGAAGCCUUAUCAGUGUAGCACAUGUGGGAAAGCAUUCAGUCAGAAAUCACACCACGUCAGGCAUCAGAAAAUUCAUACUCAUUAGAGAUAAUAUGAAUGCCUUAAAUAUAGCAAAGCCUUCAGUAGGCUUUCUACACAUCAGAGAUUCAUUCUGGGGUAAAACAUUAUGAAUGCAGGAAAGCCUUUAGCAGUAGCUCAAAAUCUCUGAGACAUCAGAACAUUCUUAUGAGGAGAAACAUUAAUGAAAAGCCUGUAUCCAAAAAGAUUUUCAGUAAACAUCAUAGUUAAUGCUGAAUCUUUGGAAACAUUCCCAUUAAAGUCAGAGACGACCUGGAUGCCUGAUAUCACCAACACAAAUCAGUGUAAUCCUAGAGGCCAGAGCCAAUGCAGUAAGAUGAGGAAGAGGUAUAAGAUUGAAAAGGAAUAAAUAUUUUCAGAUGGUAUAAUUUUUUGAUACAGAGGUAUGAUUAUUAAAACUUUGUGAUAGUAUACACUAAUAGAUAUUAGAUUAAUGGAAUGGAAUAUGAAGCCUAGAUACAUUCCAGUUCUGUGAAGAAAUGAUUACUUAACUAAAUAAUAUUUUGGGUAAUAAUUGGCUUUCUCUGUAGAUAAAGAGAGAGAGAGAUUCCUGCCUUAUAUCUUACAUUAAAAAAGAAAGAUCCAGGGGCUGGCCCCGUGGCCAAGUGGUUAAGU